UUUUCUAAUGAGUUUCCUGCACUCUCUUUUCCCGGCAUAGUUCACAUCCAUACCCGAUUGCAUCCGACCCAACCCACUUGCAACCCCAGAAUCAUUCCGAUACCGUCCAAUCCCAAAAACCCCAGCUCUGAAAGCCCUAAUCCCCACUUUAUUUCUCUUUCUGUCCGAAUCAAAGAAAAACGGCAGCGAAAGGUAAAGAUCUCUUCACGGAUCUGAACCCAAAUUAAUCUCAAUUCGUCCACUAACCUCGUGAUCAUCGCCGUUAGGUAACGCCCAGAGCCAUGCCGGACGUCCAAGCCCUCGUCAACGACUUUGUUCUCAAGCUCAAGCGCCGUAAGAUCGAGGGCUCGCAUGCAAGCGCGAGGCAGACAGCGGAGCUGCUGCGAUCGGUGGUGUCGCAUCAGCCGUACACGAACCAGGCGGCGGCGUUGAUCUCUGCUGUUAAGGCCAUUGGUCAGCAGCUCAUUGCUGCUAAUCCUGUUGAACUUGCUGUUGGGAACGUUGUGAGGCGUGUUUUGCACAUAAUCAGAGAGGAAGAUCUUUCUUCUACUGCAACUGCUAUUGGAGGACUUAGCUUAGCUGUAGAUAGUGACGACGAUGAUGAGACUGAACGUGGAGAUCGUCCAGCGUUAUCAGCUGCAGCUCUUGCGGCCAGAAGCACCCUUCGGGCACCCUCUUUACAAACCCUUCUUGAAGAUUUACCUGACUCUGCUGCUGUUCCUCACACUUCUUCAUCUGGAGGUGAUUCUGAGGGAAAGACCAAGUCAGCUGACAAGAGUUCAAGAAGCAAGAAGCUAAAGAAUGAUGUUAUCGAGGCUAUCAAUGAACUGAUUCAAGACAUUGAUACUUGCCAUGAACAAAUUUCAGAACAAGCCAUCGAGCAUAUUCAUCAAAACGAGAUGAUAUUAACCCUGGGUCGUUCAAGAACAGUGAAGGAGUUCCUCUGUGCAGCAAAAGAUAAAAAAAGAUCUUUUAGGGUGUUUGUCGCGGAGGGUGCCCCCAGGUUUCAAGGGCAUGUUCUUGCAAAAGAGCUGGUAGGAAAAGGUCUUCAAACCACUGUUAUACCUGAUUCUGCAGUCUUUGCGAUGAUUUCUAGGGUGAAUAUGGUUAUAGUCGGAGCUCAUGCAAUCAUGGCUAAUGGCGGAGUUAUGGCACCUGUUGGUAUUAAUAUGGUUGCACUUGCUGCUAAAAGGCAUGCUGUACCUUUUGUUGUUGUUGCUGGUAGUCACAAGUUAUGCCCCUUGUAUCCACAUAAUCCAGAAGUUCUCCUGAAUGAUCUGAAGUCACCAUCCGAGCUGCUGGAUUUUGGGGAGUUUUCAGAUUGUAUGGAUUUUGGUAGUAUAGGUGGCUCUUCUCGUCUUCAUGUCGUCAACCCCACAUUUGAUUAUGUUCCGCCGAAACUUGUCAGUCUCUUCAUCACUGACACGGGAGGACAUAGUCCAUCCUACAUAUAUCGACUUAUAUCAGAUUAUUACUCUGCUGAUGAUUUUGCUGUGCAACGGGGAUCAGCAUCUUCAAAGUGAAUCAUAUAGUUAAGAACACUAGCAGAUAUCUGGGAACCUUGUAGCUAAAGCUCAGUAUAGGCAUGAGAAAGUUUUUGUACUGUACUGAAGGGAUGCAUCAUUUUUGUCCAGUUUUGUCUAAGAAUGCUGUAUCAGUUGGAUCAAGAGCUAAAUUCUAAGGAGCUAAAUCAUCAUCAUAUGCGCAAAUUUCAUUCAUGGUGAUUGUUUGGGAAUUCAAUUAGGUGCUGAAGCUGUGGGGUCUCUUGGCUCUUCUGAAAGACUGGGCUUCCAAUAUUUUAGAAGCUCAAUGACUGAGGCACCGAUACUAUAAUAAUAGUUGUAAUCAUGUCAUAUCUUGAUUAUAUACUAUUUGCUGCCUUGUACACUGAUUCCGUUGAUGGUUGGAGAUUACGAUAGUGUUCUCUUUUCUUAUCCAAUGAAAUAUCUGAUCGUUAUAUACUAAAAUUUGCUGACAACAGCUGGAUGCAUGUAUACUA